AUGAAUUGCUUAUCUGAAGUUGCGAACAAAGUUAAAGAUUAUUUGAUCAAUGAAAUUUGGUAUUUGUUUACUUAUGAGAGCAACAUCAUAUCUUUGGAUAAUGAAUUUGUGAGGCUGCAGAAUAUCAAAAGUGGAGUGCAGCGAGGAGUGAUGGCUGCUGGGAGAAACUUACAAGUCAGUUCUCCCAACAUCCAGGGCUGGUCAACUCGUGCUGAUGCCACUAUUGCUGAGGUGGAUACUAUGUUGCGACGUAGAGAUGAGGCUGAAAGAGGUUUCUAUGGUUGGUGUUCAAACUUGAAGUCACGUUACUUGCUGAGCAAGAGAUCUAAGGAAAUUGUAAUGGAUGUGAUUGGUCUUCAAACUGAAGCCAAAGAUUAUCCUGUAUUACCUGCUGAAGUUGAAACUAUAUAUAAUAACACUGGUGAGGUGUUGGCCUCCAGAAAAUCGCAAGAGGAAGAGGUCAUGGCAGCUUUGAGAGAUGAAGAGGUUACUGUGAUUGGGAUAUGUGGUCUGGGUGGUGUUGGCAAAACAACACUCACUGAGAAAAUCAGACAAAAGGCGAAACAACAAGGGUUCUUCAAAGAUGUUGUCAUGGUAACUGUCAGUCAACAACCAGACUGGAAAAAACUUCAGGGUGAUAUCGCAGAAGAACUCAAGCUGAAAUUACAAGGGGAUAAUUUGUGGAGUCGUGGAGAUCGGCUGCGUACAAGGUUAAUGGAUCAGAACAGCCGCAACCUUAUAAUCUUGGAUGAUGUUUGGGAGUCUAUUCAUGAUCUAGACACACAUGGAAUUCCCAGCGGUAGCCAUCGGUGCAAAGUGAUAUUGACGACGCGAUUCCGAAAUGUUUGUGCAGACAUGGAAGCUCAGAGGAUCAUGGAAGUCAGAACCUUAUCUGAAGAGGAAGCAUGGUUCCUUUUCAGUCAGAAAGUUGGUGAUUUUGGCACCGAUCCUUCUCUGAUUGUCAUAGCAAAAGAGGUAGUCGAAGAAUGCAAGGGGUUGCCACUUGCAAUUAUUACAGUUGCUGCAGCACUAAAGGGUAAAGACAAGCCUUCAUGGGAGGAUGCCCUUAAACAAUUACGUCGUGCAGAAACAAGAAAUAUCCCUGGAGUGCACGAAAAGGUGUAUGAACCUCUGAGGCUAAGCUAUAAUUACUUGGGAAGUGAUGAAGUCAAGUAUCUGUUUUUGCUUUGUUCUUUGUUCCAGGAAGAUAGUGAUAUUUGGAUUGAAGAAUUGCUUAAUUAUGGAAUGGGGCUUCGCAUCUUUUCGGGAAUCGAAAAUUUAGAAGAUGCAAGAAAAAGGGUGUGUUUUCUGUUAAAAAUAUUGACAGAUUGUUUCUUGUUAUCCCAAGGUUCAGACAAAAAUCAUGUGAAAAUGCAUGAUGUGGUCCGUGAUGUGGCUAUAAGUAUUGCGUCUGAGGGAGAGCAUAACUUUAUGGUAAGUCACGAUGUUAACUCGGAACAGUUCCCAAGUAGAACUUCUUAUGAGCAUUUCAGUCACAUGUCAAUUGUUGCAAAUAAAUUUGAUAAGCAUCCUAGACGAAUAAUUUGCAAAAAACUGAAGCUUUUAAUGUUGAAACUCCGUUUUGAAGAUCCAUUCAAACUACAGGACAAGUUUUUUUAUGAAAUGAGUAGCCUCAAUGUCUUGAGCCUGAGGGGACACAGAUUUGAGGACUCCAUUCUGCGUUUUCCAGUAUCCAUUAGGAGGUUGUCAAGUCUGAGGACGCUGUGUCUGAGUAAUUUAAGGUUGGGUGACAUAUUCUUUAUUGGGGAUCUUGUUGAAUUAAAAAUUCUCAGCAUAAGAGAUUGUGAGUUAGAUGAGCUACCAAAGAAGAUAGCAAAAUUGACCAAGCUAAUUAGGUUAGAGUUUUGGAAUGAGUAUAGAGCACUUAAAAGGAUUUCAGCAGGGGUGUUAUCAAAAUUACUAGCUCAAUUGGAGGAACUACAUAUGGUGGGAGUAAAAGAUUGGAGUAAUGUGAUCUACAGUAACCUUGGCCUUCCCUCCAAGUUGAAACGGUACACACUUAAAGUGAAUGCAAUUUACACUGAUGAUUACGACAAGAGUAUUGCGUUAGAGGUCACGGAGACUGCCCCAUUGGGUGAUUGGAUCUGCCACCUGCUGAAGCAGAGUGAGGUCGUGCGGUCAACCGGAAAGGGCUCUAAUAAUGUGUUGACUGCGCUGCAGCUGAAUGAAUUUCAGAAUGUGAUAUGUCUCUGCCUCUCUGAAUGUGAUUUAGUGACACAUUUAUUGAAGAGUACACAUGAAGUAAUCAAGUUCCCCAAUUUAUAUGAGUUGGAGCUUCAAUUUCUGGAUUGCCUGACUCACUUUUGCAGUGACACUGUUGAGGGCAUUGAGUUCCCUCGGUUAAAAAGAAUGAUCUUCACUGGGUUACAUCAGUUGCAAAAUUUGUGUCCUACGGCAAACAACUCCAUCACAGACUCAAAUCCUCUUUUCCAUGAAAAGGUUUCUUGUCCCAACCUGGAAGUGUUAGAUAUUUAUGGGCCUAACAGCAUAAGUGCUUUAUGCUCUCACCAACUUCCAACUGACUACUUCACCAAACUUCAAACAUUGCAAGUAUUGCAUUGUGGAAAAUUGAGAAACUUGAUGUCACCAUCAGUGGCCAGAGGUCUUUUGAAUCUCCGAGAACUAAGAAUACAAAAUUGUGAAUCAAUGGAAGAAGUGAUCACAAAAGGAGAAGGAAUCAUGACCUUAUUUCCCCGAUUGCAAGAGUUGAAGCUUUGGGACCUGCCUAAGCUGGGGCAUUUCUUUCUGACAAGGCAUGCUCUUGAAUUUCCAUUACUCAGAGUUGUGUCUAUUCGUGGAUGCCCUGAAAUGAAGACGUUUGUCCAACAGGGAAUAUUUGUGAGUACACCGAGUCUAGAAUGGGUGAACUUCAAUUAUGAAAAGGUGAAAGUAGAUGAUCUGAAUAAAUGGAUACAACAGAGGUUCAAUAACAAGAAAAAAAAAGCUAGUGAUGGCGACGAAGCUGAAUCUAGUCAUGCCAGAAUAUCCAUUCAGAGGUUGUCAAAUCCGAGGACGCUAUGUCUGAGUAAUUUAUGGUUGGAUGACAUAUCCAUUAUUGGCAAACUUGUCAAUUUGGAAAUUCUCUGCAUCAGAGAUUCUCAGUUAGAGGAGGUGCCAGUGGAGAAAGGAAAAUUGAACCAAUCUAAUUUCUGUUCGAGCUUUUGA